AAACAAACAAUUCAUCUGGACGCUUUGGCUACCGUUGUUUAUGCCAAUCGUUGAGGUUGAUAUUAUACCUGUAUCCCUUUUCGUUAAGUAAUCGCCUUUAAUGUUAACGAUAUUAACAGCCACAUGUAGAGUCGUCGGCAUUUGAAGUCUGUCUCCUAGACCAUCUUACUGGAAAUAAUUUUUAGCUGUAAUCUGGCUCUACUUGGACCCCGAGUUUUCUAUUAUCUUCAGCUGUGCAGGUGUGUCGCGACAUGUCCGAGUCCGGUCACAGUCAACCCGGCAUGUACGGGCAAGGACGCAGAAGGAGGCGACGCCGUGGGGACAGAGAUGUUGGGCCUCCAGGGCAAAACCUGUCCGGACCCAGUCGAGAUCGGGAAUACCAGCCGAGAGAGCGAAGGGAUGGAAGCGAGGAUCCACCAGGUCCUCUCAUUCAGAAAACCCCCAUCAUUCUUGCAAAACCCCCCGGGGAGAGGGCUAAGCCCUCCCAGAAUACACCUGUCAGUGGAACUCCAGUCCUGGACAAGCCCAUCAUGCUAAUGAAAGCCAGGGAUGAUGGAGGGAAGCCAGGUACACCUACUGAGUCAGCUGCUCAGUCCUCUGGUCCACCCUCCAAGAUUGAAAGGGAAGGGCAGCGACCUACCCAGCCUGUAUACCAAAUCCAAAACAGAGGAAUGAGUGCUUCUGCAUCGAGCAGUGCUGUGGACCCUAUGGUCGGACAGUCUAAACUCCUUCCUCCAGAGAAAAUGAAGCACAGCAUUAAGCUGGUGGAUGAUCAGAUGAAUUGGUGUGACAGUGCCAUGGAGUAUUUAAGGGAUCAGACAGACAUGUUGGUGGUGGGAGUUAUUGGCCUGCAGGGAACUGGGAAAUCUACCAUCAUGUCGCUGUUAUCUGCCAACACUCCUGAGGAAGAUCAAAGGAGUUUUGUAUUCAGACCCCAGACUCAAGAAAUCAAGGAGAGAGGAGGAAAUCAGAGCACAGGCAUCGAUUUCUUCAUCACACAGGAGAGAGUCAUCUUCUUGGAUACGCAGCCGAUGCUCAGCCCGUCAAUUCUGGACCAUCUUAUCAACAACGAUCGGAAGUUGCCUCCAGAAUACAACCUUCCUCAUACAUAUGUUGAGAUGCAGUCUCUUCAGAUCGCCGCCUUCCUGUUUACAGUGUGCCAUGUCGUAAUUGUGGUUCAAGACUGGUUCACCGAUUUGAAUCUUUAUAGGUUUCUUCAGACCGCUGAGAUGCUGAAACCUUCCACUCCAUCUGCAAGCCAUGACAGCACCACCUCUUCAGGCAGUGAUGAUGGAGCAGAGUAUUAUCCACAUAUAGUAUUCCUCCAGAACAAGGCCAGACGGGACGAUUUCUGUCCAAGAAAUCUGAAGGACAUGCAUGUGGUGGUGGACAAAUUAAUGGCCCACUCUCACCUCAAAUACAAAGGAACAUUGUCCAUGCUAGACUGCAAUAUCUUUCCUGGCCUGGGGCAGGACUACCUAGCAACCGAGGUCAAUAUGUUCUUGCUUCCUGUGCAGGAAAAUGAUGGGGAGGACAAUUUGACAAAAGCAGGGUCAGGAACAUACCCGCUGUUCUCUCUGCUCCCUGGCUAUAGAGGACACCCUACCUUCUCCACCAUGGUUUCAAAACUCCGUAGCCAAAUACUGGCCAUGCCUCGCUGUCAGUUGUCGCACACAAUUCUCACUGAGAAAAACUGGUUUCACUACGCAGCUCGUAUUUGGGAUGGCGUGAAAAAGUCCUCGGCCCUCUCUGAAUACAGCCGUCUGCUCUGCUGACGCCUGUGCUAAAUACCUGUUAUGUUCAAUAGUGGCCUUUUAUACUGGAUAAUAAGAUCAAACAAAGCCAAAAGGAGUGCAGUCUACAUGCUAAAUAGGAGUCAACGUGCAACAUCACGGGGAAGUAAAAUAAACCAUAAUUAUUCAGACUUUGAGCUCUCCUUUUUAGAAAGUUGCCUGUUCCUGUCCUGAUACGUGAUGUUUACAGAUAAACUUGCACCCUGUGCAGAAAUGAUGAAAGUGAAAAGACAAAAAUAGUUUUCUCUUGGUGCAUUUCUAAGAAAAAUGGGAGAAUACUUUUAUUUUCAAGCCAUUGUUGACUGUGUAGAAGUUUUGAUGUGCU